CUUGUUACACCCCGCGUCGACGCGUUCUAAAUUCCCAAAGUCACAAGUUAGACUUACACAGCUCGUAGACUUUUGCCUCUUGCCAUCGCUCAUUAAUAAGGUCUGUAUACUACUCAGUAAGGCGAGAUUUGGACUCUAGUUAUUCGCAAAGAUGGCAGAAGAGUAUGAGGAAGGAGCCGGAGAAGAUGGCGGAAUGACUGGGCCUGGCGCGCCGACGCCUAUCUUCGCUUUAGAUGGUCUUGCGGGCUUGACAAAGCGCGACUGUCAGCUUCUGGCAGAUGGCGGCUAUCAGACAGUUGAAUCAGUCGCCUAUACUCCAAAGCGAACCCUGGAGCUAGUCAAGGGUAUAUCUGAACAGAAGGCCACCAAGGUCCUUGCAGAAGCCUCCAAGCUCGUGCCCAUGGGCUUCACAACCGCAACAGAGAUGCACCAACGGCGAAGUGAACUAAUCUCUAUCACCACUGGGUCGAAGAACUUGGACACGCUACUCGCCGGUGGUGUCGAGACAGGGUCAGUGACUGAGCUCUUUGGCGAGUUCCGUACCGGAAAGAGUCAGAUCUGCCACACCCUCGCGGUCACGUGCCAGCUACCCUUCGACAUGGGCGGCGGCGAGGGCAAGUGUCUAUACAUCGACACGGAGGGCACCUUCCGGCCCGUCCGCCUCCUCGCCGUGGCCAACCGGUACGGCCUCUCCGGCGAGGAGGUCCUAGACAACGUCGCCUACGCACGCGCGUAUAACUCCGACCAUCAGCUGCAGUUACUGAACCAGGCCGCCUCGAUGAUGUGCGAGACGCGGUUCUCGCUGCUCAUCGUCGACAGUGCCACGUCGCUCUACCGGACGGAUUUCCUCGGCCGAGGGGAGCUGUCCUCACGACAGACCCAUCUGGCCAAGUUCAUGCGCACGCUGCAGCGGCUCGCCGACGAGUUCGGAAUCGCCGUCGUCAUCACGAACCAGGUGGUAGCCCAGGUCGACGGCGGCCCCAGCGCCAUGUUCAACCCGGACCCGAAGAAGCCGAUCGGCGGCAACAUCAUCGCGCACGCCAGCACGACGCGAGUCAGUUUGAAGAAGGGCCGUGGCGAGACCCGUAUCGCGAAGAUCUACGACAGCCCCUGCUUACCGGAGAGUGAUUGCCUGUUUGCCAUCACCGAGAGCGGAAUUGGCGAUCCGGCUCCGAAGGAUAUGGAGAAGGAUUAAUAGCCCGUCCUGCUACAUCUGCAUAAGGAUUGGUAAAGGCGACUCUUCGUUAGACUUUCUAAAAAGGGACACGUAACGACUAGCUACGGGAUAUGACUAGGCUUGUUUUGCUUGAACGGCACGCAUGGCUUCGGCGUUCAGAAGGGGGGUUGGCAGCAUGAUUGAGGCUUUUUACAAACGUCUAUUCGUGCUUUAUCUUGGAAGCAUCACAUCUUAAGGUUAACAGGUGCAAGGCGGCUUUGCUUUACUAUUUUGCUGCUGCAAUACAUAGCUGCUUUAAUACAUUGCCGGAUCAUCUUCAGCCUCAACGUGUUAGUUGAUCCUCCUUCCACCGGGGAUUGUGACAUGAUAGGCCGUAGAUCGUACAGGGGCUAGAAGUCAGGCAUCAGCCCCUCGCUAGCGUUUCGAUGAUCUAACGCCAAUCUCACUAAGGAACUGGCCUAGAACAAGCCUCCUGGGCUAAUUAUGCCUUCAUUGUCAAACCCAAAGAGGAUGCUAUCUCUUUCCUUGAAAUCGUAGUUUUCGUGAUUUCUACUUCAUGCAAGUUUCUGAAACUCAUGUAGGUGUCAGUCGAUGGUGAUGAUCAACAGCAUGUGAAGUGGGGAAUUAGGUUCUGCAUAACCUUGGAACUCAGCGACUUCGCCGCGUCAUCUCGGCA